CGUAUAAAAUUUAGUAACAUAGAGGUGGAUAGCCAAGUAGAAUUUUCGUAUAAUGGCUAAAGCUUACAGAUUGAUGGCGACUGAAACUACCAAAUCAAAAAAAAACCAAAGUACAGAAGAAAGAAAUGAAUUUGAAAUGACUACUUUCAAGACAAACUGCGAGACAGAACUUGAGAAAUGGUAUGGCUGUAAGAAGUUACAUUUCAAAGUAAUUUGCGUUGGAGAUUGUUCAGGCGCUUUCAGUAAAGCAGUUUAUAUAAAAGACUACGUUCUUAAACCUGUAACAACAAAAGAUUACUAUAGUCCUGUAAUAGGCGUCGAUUUCGACAUGAAAAAGUUGCACGACACGUCAGGCAACGAAAUUCACUUACAAAUAUGGAAUAUAAUGGAAUGUGACAGACAACAAGAUCCCGGAAGUACAAUGUGCAAAGUUUACUAUAGAUUUACAAGCGGCGUCAUUGUUUUUUGGGGUGCAAAUUGCUCCUCAAUGAAAAGUGCCAUAAAAUGGAAGCAUCACGUCUCUUGCUCGGCCUACCCCGAGACAGAUAUUCCAUUUGUUUUGAUUGUUGAUAAUGCAUACAAAACACCACCGAAAUGGAUCGGUCAGGGUUUGGUAAUGGAGUCCACGGAGGAAAUGGACAGAUUUUGUGAAGAACAUGGGUUUUUCGCGUGGUUCGAGCUAUGUGAACGUAGUGCUGGGGAGAACAGUGUACUUGGGAAAGCCAUGGUCACGCUUAUAAACGAAAUUUGUUCUGGAAACAGGACAUCAGCAGUAUAAAGCCGCGUUAAUAACACUAGAGGCCUAGAUCUGGCCUGGAAGUUUUAUUUUUACAAUACCUAUGAUGAACGGCUUAGAUUAGUUUUUUGAUCAGUUUGUAGCCGUAAAGCCGGUUUUCCACUAGCGAUAUUUUUCGCGCAAAUCGACAUUUUACUUUUGUUCCAGAGCUCUCAACUGCA